CCGCAGCCUGGCUUGGGACAAGUGUGCAUAAAAGCCCCAGGCUGGGGCGCCCUCCCAGAGGCCCCCAACUCUCGGCAGGAUGGCUUCCGCGGGCCUGCAGCUCCUUUGUCUUGCUGGACUGGUGUUUGUGUCCGAGGCUGACCUGGUGGGCGGCAGUGAGUCCAAGUGUCCACUGAUGGUCAAAGCCGUGGACGCCGUGCGAGGCAGCCCGGCGAUCGGUGUGGCUGUGCGCGUGUUCCAGCAGGCGGCCGACCACAGCUGGGAGCCGUUUGCCACCGGGAAAACCAAUGAAUUAGGAGAACUCCAUGGGCUCACAACCGAUGAGAAAUUUGUGGAGGGGAUAUACAAAGUGGAGCUAGACACUAAAUCCUACUGGAAGGCACUUGGCAUUUCCCCAUUCCAUGAAUAUGCAGAGGUGGUGUUCACGGCAAACGACUCCGGCCACCGCCACUACACCAUCGCUGCCGUGCUCAGCCCCUACUCCUAUUCCACCACAGCCCUCGUCAGCAGCCCCCAGAGCUGAGGAGUAGCCUCCAGGCACUGGAAGAACGGCCGACAGGAUGCCAUGUGACCACUAGGAUUCCAUUGUUAUUAGUCUUUUAUUAAAAUUUAUAAAGCUUUCACUUUAUAAGCUACGUUAGAAACGUGGCAGAAACAAUAAAACAUUCCUAUUAAUGCACUUCCCA